AUGCCACUCACUAUGCUCGCCCUCCCCCUGGAGAUCCUCCACUACAUUUGCAAUUGCCUUACCGACCAUGCCGAUGUGUCCAAUUUUCGCCUCGCGUGCCGCACGCUGAACAGCGUUGGCCUUGACAACCUGGCGCCAAAAAGCCUUGACCGCCUGAAGGCGAUUGCCACCCAUCCCGUGCUCAGGCACCACGUCUACACCGUCCUCUGCCUCACUGAUGUGCUGCCGUAUUACGAGUCAUUUGAAAGCUGGAAGCAUCAUGCCCAAGAGCCUAAUUUUUAUCUUGGAUGGGUUGUCCAGGCUGACGAUGAAUGGGCUCGAGAGUCCGACAUACUUGCGCAAGCCCGACAUCAAAUUUCAGACGCCAAGCUACAGGAAGGAUAG